CCGAUGGACGAAUUAUAAUACUCACCUCGUAUUUAUCACACUAUUCAUGGUCAACCAUUGAAAUAACGUAAGGUGUGUGUGAAGAUCAAGAGUUUAAUAAAUAUUAUCAUAAUAAUAAUAAUAAUAAUAAAAAUAACAGUUUAAACGGUGGGUGUUCAUUUAAAAAUUUUUCACGGUUCGUUAUUCUUCAAUCGUGAGAUUAUCUGCACGAAACAACAUCAAUCAUGAAAGGUAUAACAAUUAUUAUCGUUAUCCUAGUUAUUGGAAUUACUCGAGCACAACUCAAUUACGAAGGUAAUCCGUUGACCGAAAAUACCGAAUACACGGCCGAGGAAUCGGAAUUUUCAUCGAAAGUUGUUAAACCAUCGAUUAACGGACCACAAAAAUUGUAUCCGAUAUUUCGCGAAAGUAAGGAUGUUAUUUCAAAGGAUACGAAAUUAGAAGAUGAGGAAUCCGAUCGAGACGUUUCGUUAACAAACUUCGAUCAAACUGAAACAUCAGAGUUGGUUAAUAUUGCAUCGGCUCGUGAACUUCCGGAUAAUGUUUAUAACAAAGUGCAACAAUCUCAGAUAAUUCAACCUGUAACUAAUACGGUCAAGACACCUGCAGAAAUAGCGUUGAACACGUUUCUCAAUUCCAAAACACCUGAGGAGUCUCGAUUAUCUUUGGAUUAUUUUUUACAAAACAAUCAAUCACCAUCAACGUCCAAUAACGUUAUUUCGUUAAAUCAAAAACAACCGAUACAAAUUGUAUCUCAUAAUAAUCAACAAAUUCAACGACAACAACAACAAUCAGUGACAAAUCCUAUACAAAAACAAUUGUUUUAUCAGCCUCAAAAUGUAUUGCAAAUACCUGGACAAACUUAUGAUUAUACUGCACACUAUGCGGCCAAUUCUCAGAUAUUGCAACCUUCUCAGAUUGUUCAAACGAGUCCAGUGAUAUCAAAUCCAACUGCAUUGCAACAAUCGUCUAUUUUUUCUGAUCCCCUUGAAAUGAUUCAAUCAAGAAACGAUAUUGUUUCUCCAAUGAUGUGGCGUCAACGUAACAGGUGGAUUCGUGGUCAACCAUAUCCCUUUGCUCAGCCUAGAAUUGGUGGUGUUUUUUCUAAAGGUCCUAUCGUAGGACCGUUUCCACCACGUAAAGGUCCAGUCGAAUUAAUUUACACUAAACCACCACCACCUGGAUAUCAUCAUCGUGGUCCACCAUCUCACGGACCACCCAGUGAAGACGCCAGUGCUUGGUUUCCUGAUGCGAAUAAUCCACCCCCACCAGGGGAUAUAUAUUAUUCUCAAUUAUACGCUCAAUCUUACGAUCCCAAUUAUUACAAUUACAUAGCCAAAACUGGUAAAAUCAAGCCCCAUCUUUAUGGUAAAUUAGGUAAGUAUCCUGAACACGAGGACGGUGGAAUUUGGGCGGAACUUUAUCGUGGCUUUACUAAACACGGUUUAAAAAAUAUCAUGACACCGGGUUUCCUAUUGGGUAUGACACUGCCAAUGAUCACUGCCAUGCUUAUGGCAUUUGUACAGAAACGAUCUUUCGGAAGAUACGAUUCGAGAAAUCUUCAUGACUUAGAUCAUUUUCAAGAAUAUUUACAACGUCUACAACGAGCAAUGGAAUGUUAUGAAAGAAAGAGAAGAAAAACUGGUGAAGUUACGACAGAUGAGUGUUGAAAAGCCGCUACUCGGAGUAAGUAGCCGUUCAUUGACCGAGACCCAGUGACAAUCCGUCUCUUACCUAUUACUUUUUAUUUUUCUAACGUAUUAAUAUCACAUCGUUAGAUAUAUUUUAUAUAUAUUUAGAUAUAAU